GUCAAUCGUUCCAAUUGUUCAUCCCGCAAAUCAACCAAGCCAACCAACUUUUUAUUCUCGGCCUCCAACUGUCGCACUCUCUCCUCGAGGGUCUCGGUAUACCCCUUGGGGAAUGCCUUACGCAGGAGCUUAUCCGACACGAUACACUCGAGUCCGACAGCACGACAGGUCAGACAUGGGUUCUGGCCAUCACAUUUGGUCUUUUUUGCUCGACAUCGAUCGCAUGCCUGGGCCACUCUCUCUACCUUUGACCCGGGUGCUUUUAUAGUUUUCGCUUUAUGGCUGUUUGAGCCAGUGAUAGUCUCUAGUUUGAGUGACAUGGUUAAAGCAUGCAAGCUUACAGAAGAAACCUGA